GCACUUGUGCCACCAAGUCAGACGUAGAGGUGUAGGUACCUAUAGUUUUGGUGCAGUUUUCAUCAAGCUUUCCACCCUUCUCUGUGAAUUUUCUGUCUGUCUGUCUGCUACUAGUCCUGAUGGAGGAUGAUGGUGUGAAAAUGUCAAUCAAAUUUUAAGUUUUCUCGCUCGUUGAUCGCGGAUUUUGUCGUGUGUUUGAGUUCGGAAUUAUCUUCUGGUGUUUUUCGUGUUUGAGGAGUAAGCGAAAUUGGAAGCAAACAAGUGCACACAAAUAGGAUCCUCACGCGAGACAUGGGCGCGAUGUGAUUUGCUGAAUGGACGUCGAAAACCGUGGAUGAAAGGAAUCGUUUUUCCAGUGGUUCUAGUUUCCUUAGAGUGGUGUCUCAUUGAAUUAUAGUUUCUCCCUAUCUUCUUGUCCGAAAACGUGACGGUGGAAUUUCUCGUGAAGUAUGAAUUUCUCAGCGUUUGGGGGUCCAUUUUCCGGGAUCCACCAGUUUGCGGCCAAAUUCGGCAGCAAUGAUGGAGCAUUUACCAGUACGACGAAUUCGGCAGUGGCGGCAGUGACUGGAAAUGGCGCCGGACCAGGAGGACUUGCGGGAGGAGCAGGAGGAGGAGGAGGUGGUUCUGCGACUCCUGGAGUUCCCGUAAGCGCAGGCGGUAUCAACAUUGUCCAGCAGGAUCUCAAUCGAUACCAUGCGUCGACUAAUGGGAACCACUUUAAUCAGAAUUCUACCUCAAUGGUUAACACGCCAAUGUCAUAUGGCCAAAACAUCGCACUUCCGUAUAGUCAGCCACAGCCCGAUCAUGGCUUUACCAACAAUAUGCAAACGGAGCAAAAUAAACUGAAGAACACGAUUAAGGUCGAUCGAGACGAGAUGAUCAAUCAGCAAAUCCUGCAAAAUGUCAACCAAUCCUGGCAAACUCUGGCCAAUCCUUCCAAUACGGUAGAUUAUUCAUCUCAUUUGCUGUCUGCCACACUGCCAAUUUCGAUACAGCACUUUCUCAAAUAUUCUGAAACAAUAAAGAAAGAAUCGAAUGGCGUAGGAUCUGGAUUGGCUUCCCCCGGACCGCUAAGUGGACUGAUCGGAGUCGAAACCAAUGCUUUCAAUGUGCAAAAAGAUUUGCUUAAUUUGAAGAAUGGUUCGAAUUUAAACUUGGCUUUAGGUAAUGUAGCAGUGAGCGCAGCAGCUGCUAGCUUAGGGCUUAACCAUCAGCACUUUACGCAUCAUUCGAAUAAUCAUCAGGACAAUAGCCAAAACUAUGGAAAUCUUAACCAACUACCAAUCGUUCCCAACAAUACGGUCAACGGUCAACCUCAAAUCGGUAACCAAACGAAUGGCAUGAACGGAACUGUAAACGGAAAUGCCGCCCCAACUGCGACGGCGAACUCCAAUAACACCAACAAUACCAACGGAAAUGCUGCCAGCACGGGAACUACGACCACAACAACCGGAAAAGGGAAAUCCAAACGCCAAAAGAAGGAAAAGAAACGCAAACCACCGAAGGAGAAGAAGCCUCGCCCUAAGCCCGGACAGAUUCGAGAGACGAAGGCCUUGGAUGGAUCGCCACUGUUCUGCUGUCCCGAGUGCCAGAUGGCGUAUCCGGAGCGUGGCCUGAUCGAGCAGCACGUCAUAUCGCACGCAGUGGAACGUCGUUUCGUGUGUGACAUUUGCCAUGCGGCUUUGAAGCGGAAAGACCAUCUGACUCGUCACAAGCUGUCUCAUAUUCCGGACCGGCCGCAUAUAUGCAGCAUUUGCUUGAAGUCAUUCAAACGCAAGGAACAGUUGACGUUACACAUAGUGAUCCACACGGGUGAGAAAAAACACGUGUGCAACGAAUGUGGCAAAGGCUUCUACCGGAAGGAUCACCUCCGCAAGCACACCCGUUCGCACAUCGCCCGCCGCGUAAAGUCGGAAAUGUCUGCGCAGUCAGGCACUGGAAAUGGCUCAAACAAUUCCAACAACUCCAAUAACAAUAACAACAACAAUAAUAAUGCAGCCCUAGCACCCUCGCUGAUGGCCACCAAUAUGCAAGGGGCACCGGUAACAGCCUCCUGAGCCUCGUAUAAGGACUUUUGGUAAGGUGGAUGUUCUAGUUUUCUGUAGAAGACUACGUUUUACGUAGAGGCAAUGCCAGGGAAGUCGGAUGAAGUUAGUUGAUGACUUAACUAGGUGCAAUUUUUUCUGUUAUCAUUAUACCACACUAUUCAAUCAACAAUGUAGUUCAAUAGCCCUGAAAUUUUGUUUGACUCAUUAUACAAACUAUAGCGCAGCAAACAGUUGACAGUUGUUAUAGAGUUUAUACCAUAUAAGCGAACAUUGGAUCGGCGCUAUGAUUCAUGACUCCGGCUAGCAUUACUCUGCGCAAAAGGACAUCUUACAUGCCAUACCAAAAGACCAUACCUAUCGGUCAUCUGGAGAUACUCCGAUGACUUCAACUUGUGUUCAACCCACAAGCCAAACAAAUCUACGAUCAAGAUCUAACCUGAGUUAUACGAUUCAGUAUCGAAAUUUUAUCUCAAACACACCGACAUGGAGGAGGUUAGCCUCACCUCAUCCGGAACGAGUAUACGUGCAAUCUGACCUGAUAUGAAUCUAUCUCCACCGGUUAACGAUUAAUAGCCAAUAUAGCUGCUGCACAAAGCUGAUCUAUAGAUAUCUCCCAUCUGCUGCUAUACUGCUUUUACGAUAGAAUCUCCCCCGAAAUUCGCUUUAUUCUAACAAUCUUCGGACUCGAAAAUCUCCGCCUCUAAAUGAUAGCAAUAAUUUUUCGGAAACCAAAAAGCAUUCGAGCGAUCGUUUAACAGGUCAUGCCUCCGAAUCUGACUGAUCGACAGGCCACUGACCGGUACACAACAGACUAAUGAAGAUAUACGAAAUCAAUAAGCUAAAAGACGGAUAAUAUUUUUCUUAUCGAGUGUUGCUAAACAAGUUGCAAAUAUACGACGAUAUACAAUUGGAGAAAGUGUAAUAUUUUAUUUAUUGAGAGCGAACAGUAGUGAACGAUAUCCUUAAGAAUAUAUAUUUUGUACUGAGUAUUGGACAGAAUCCAGUAAAAAAGAUGUUUAAGAUAACUAAAACUUAUAUAUUAAAACAUAAAGUAUUACGAUGAUUAAAUAUAUGCAUCAAGUUUUAACAACUGUAACUCAAAAACUAUAAAAAAACCCAAUCGGAACAGAGUUUUGGUAUUGAUUUGGAACAGAUCGGAAUUGCAAAACUACUAUUAACAGGAUCUCGACAGUCAGCUGAAUAGACUUUCUUGCGUAAAAGAAGAAAAAAAGAACUAUGUCUACCUAUAGAAAAUAAAACAAAAGAAUCUCCUAAAAUUACUUCAAAC